CUUCAUCAGAGCCAGAAGCGGGCGCGUCUCCUGCUCUUUGCAUGGGACCCAAGAGAGAUAAAGACAGGUCGGGGCUAGCAGCCUCUAAAACCUGGGAACCCGGACUCAUCGCCGCCGCCUUUAACCAGGCUGAUUGGAAGGGCUGCAUCAAUUUCGUGGUCGGAAACCGCAUUGAGGAUGAUCUUCUUAUCAACGCCCUUGAGCUUGCUGUUAAUGUCCCCCAAAGGAAGCUCUUCAGCUUGGUGUCAUGGAAUAACAUCCUUAGUCAGAUCAAUGCACCUCCUCCACCCCCACCUCCAAAAGGAAAGAAACAAGGUGUAGCUGCACCCUUGUAUUAUGAGGUAGUAAAUGCAGCAAGAGCCAUUAUGACUGCUGGAGAGAAACUUACUCAGCCGCUGAUUGGGAAACUCAUUAAAUACCAACUGCUGAAUCUCAAACAAAAAGACGAACAGCGAAGGGCAAUAGAGAAGAAGGCACUGGAAGACAAACUGAAGGCAGAAAGGGACCGAGAAAGAGGAAAGGGCAAGGCUGCUGCAAAGGAAAAGAAACCAGCCAAAGGCAAAGGAGGAAAGGGAAAGGACCAAGGAGAUUCAGGACAGGCAGUGAAAAAAGACAGCAUGUUGAAGCGGCGGGGAGAAGAGGAGACAAUUAAAAAAUACAUCGAUGAUGAGCCAGACGAUGGCGCCCAACAUUACUUUAUCAUCACAGGCUUUUACAAUCCACAGCUACUGGCAAUUAUGACGGAGCUUGGGGUUCCUGUAUCCAAUGUGAUUAAGCUGACUUCCGAGAAUUAUGAACCUCUGAAGGCAUACCUGGCAGGACUUAGCCAGCAACAAGAGGCCCAGCUUCUGACAGAAAGUACACCUACAAUGUCAAAAGAAAUAGAAGCCGAAAAACUGAAGAGGGAAAAAGACAUAAAAGAUCUUGAAAUUUUCUGGAAAUACUUGGAACCAAUUCUGAAUAAUGGGAAACCUGAAACUAAUCUCUUUGACAUCUCCAGGCUUGAACACCUGGUUAGGGAAGAGUUCCUUCCUGUAGACUGGUCAGACAGUGAACUACUGCUGGACCUUGGUACUGAACUUUUUGAAGUCAUUGCUUGCUUGAUAUAUGACAGCUUGGACUGGAGGCGGCAGCAUCUGAACUACUUAGAAAACAUGAGGCUUAUUAAUGUCCCACAAGUCUUAAGUGCUCCUUCGGAUAUCCCUUGGACUCCUGAGGUAGGGGCAUCUGCAAGUUCAGCUGCCAUUUCAACAAAGAAGAAACCACAGACAGAAGAGUCACAGCUAACACGAGAAAGUUUGCUCUCUACUGAAGUGGAUAUGAGAUAUUACAAUGAUUUGAUGGAACAGAUUCCUGAAGAAUUCAUUUCUGUGCCUUUGAUACUUAAUGGCAUCUUGGAACAGAUAGUGGCAACAGAGAAUGAGCUUCUCCCACCUAGCUUAAGGCCACCCACGCCCAGAGAAGAUGGGUUGGAUCCCAGGAUCGCAGCUCACAUUGUAUCUAUCCUGCCAUCUCUCUGUCUCACAGAAUGUGAAAAAGAGAAUCUACAUCGUAUAUUCUUACCUGAGGAUGAGAGAGAGAAAAAAGCAGACCAGAAAGGUCCUCUCAUAUUGAACUACCAUGAUGCACAGGGUCACAAGAAGCAUGUACUAAAGGCCCAGAAGAAUUUUGACCCAGUACAAAUUGAGCAAGAGAUGCAGGCCAAGCUACCACUGUGGAAACUUCUUCAAUUCCCUUUGCCUCCUUUGUGGAAUAAUACCAAACGUCUGGCUACAAUUCAUGAACUCAUGCACUAUUGUACUAAUGAACUCCUGAGCUGGAAUGAAGUAGAAAGAGCCUUCAAAGUCUUUACUUUUGAAUGCCUGAAAUUAACUGAAGUAGAUGAUUUUGGAAAACUGAAACCUUCCAGAACUGAUGCUGGGUCCGAUUCUGAAGUCUUCUAUAUCCCAUGGGACAAUCCUGCUAGAUUUGCUAAACAGAUAAGACAGCAACACCUUAUGAAAAGGAGUACAGAGGAAAAAGUGACUACACCAACUUCUGUAUCAGAAAAAAAAUUGAAGUUUCCUGAAGAAGACCAGCUGAAAAGUGGGAAAGAUGAAAGUAAGAGAUUAGCAAUGGAUGUGGCAGACCAGAAGCAACAAGAGGAAAUUAAGAAGUCAUCAUUCCUCUCUCCAACCCAAAAGCAAACCAAUACAAACACUGUGAAAACAACUGAUGAAAACAAGAAUGAGUCUCAGCCUGAAAAUAAACAACCAUUAGAGCAGGAGUCUGGCAUCAAACAGCCAUUGAAAUCAAAAUCCAUAGAGCAUUCCUUAAAUGAAGAGAUCAAAGGAGAAAAGGAGGAGGAUGAUAUUCUUGAAAAGAAACCAAAGAAGAUCGUCAUAGAAGCAGAUUUGGAAGACAUAAAAAAGACUCAACAGCGCUCUUUGACGGAGUGGAGUUUUAUUGAACAUUUUAAACCGCAAGUCCUCCUGCAGGUUCUUCAAGAGGCAAGCCAGGAGUUUAGAUGCAUUGAUUCCUAUUAUCAUACCCAAGACAACUCUUUGCUUUUAGUUUUUCACAAUCCUAUGAAUAUACAACGACUAAGUUCUGAAAAAUGGGAAAUUGCUCUCCAUUCUAAUGUUGGAUUCAGAAACUAUUUGGAACUUGUAGCUGACUCUAUUCAGGAAUGGACCAUACAGGAAGAAGCAAUAUAUCAGGAAAAGAAAAUGGCUGAGGAAAUAGCUCUUGCUUUGGCAAAAGUAGAAGAAGCCACAUCUCCUACAAAAUCUUCCACUACUUCUCCAAAAAAAUCUAAAAAUACCAAAGGAAGCAGCAAAACCGUUACUGAGGAUGCAGACAAAGAGAAAGACAAGAAUAUUUUUAUCCUAGAAAACUCCCUCAAGGCUUGGAAGGCAGAACAGGACCGGAUAGCAGAAGAAGAACGCCUGAAAGAAGAAAAGAAAUUAGAGAAAAAACAGAAAGAUUCUGCCAAAAAGAAAAAGAAAGCAGAGAAGCCAGAAAAAGAAGAUAGCAAGUCUUCCAAGAAGAAAUACGGCUCCAAGGAGAAAAAUAGAGAUGAGGCAUCAAAGUCCUCACAGCAGCAAGUAGAACCUUUCCCACCAGCAACUGCUGAGAAAGUUUAUCCAUUUCAAGGAUACAACAUGGGAGAGAAUCCAACCCAAGUCUCCGGGACAAAUUAUUUUUUGUACCCUUCAGAUGGAGGGCAGAUUGAAGUGGAAAAGAUAGUAUUUGGAAAAGGGCCAACUUUCAUAAAAGUGAAAGUGAAGAAGGACAAGCAUAAUUUCUUUAUUCAUAUAAAAGACCCCAAGAAACUUCAAGGAAAGGUGAAAAGACGAGAAGAGAAUGACUCUUCAGAUGAGGAAAGCAAAGUUAAAAAAAAGAAAUUAAAGACGCCAAAGUCAGAAUGGGCUCGCCAUAAGAAGAGAAUGGUUAGCAAGUUUGGGUCUUUCUCUGCCACACUGGAAAAUGGAAUCAAUCUCUCUAUAAGUUACCAUGGACCCAGUGGGACACCACCAGAGGAAAAGGAUGUUGAAUUAGAAGAAAUGCUGAAUAUCCCUUCAGCACAUACUCAAACUGUGAUUCCCACUCCCCCUACCCCACCUCCCAAAGGAAAAAGCAAAACUCCUAAGGGUAAAGAAAAAAACAAAGAACCCCCCAAAGAAGAGGAGCCACCACCCGUUCCAAAGGAAGAAGAGAAACAGGAAGACGUAGAGACAGAAGCCCCUCCACUGGAGCCACCCUUUAUUCCCACCUUUCAAAGACUAAAUAUUUCAUGUCCUAAUGGGCUGGCAGUGACCUUCCUUGGCUAUCUAUCUCCAGGUCCACACAUUGGAGAUGAUGAACAUACCUGGGACAUUAUGGUUCGGCAGAGUUAUCCUCAAAGGGUGAAGUACUCUCAGAUGCAUAAAACCGUGACACCACCAAUAGAACAGGAGAUUUCCAGAGUUAUUAACAGUCAAGGGACUGUUGUCAAGUACAUGGUGGAUGGAUCUACACAGGUACUCUUUGCAGAUGGUGCAGUGAGUUACAGUCCAGAUUCUGGUCCUGUGUGUGCCCACUCAGAAAGUUCUACAGCCCCAGGUUCAACAGACUUGAGAUAUUCAUUCUGUCUACAAAAAUCAGAAACUGGCCCAUCUGAUGCUAUCAGCUCAAAGAAAGGAAAGGGUCACAAAAAUACAUCUUUAUUAUUACAUAAGGGUGACUCCCAUGACCAAACGCAUUAUCAGUUAUCAGGAACUGGGGAAAUCCAGGUGGGCACUUGGUUUACUACCACACCUGCAGGCUCUCGAAUUGGCACCAAAGGAUUGGAAAGACUGCCAGACCUUGCACCAUAUUUGUCCUUUCAGGCUACAGAUCCUGUUGAUGGAACGGUGAUGACAACUCGAGAAGACAAAGUGACUAUUGUGAUAAAAACUGAUGGGACAAGGAUAGUGGAUCAUGCUGACGGCACUCGAAUCACAACCUUCUAUCAGAUUUAUGAAGACACAAUUGUACCUUCAACUGACCAAGAAACAAAUGAAUCCUCAUGGUCCAUCACCAGGCAAGUGAAGUGUAUGAGAAUAGAGAGCCCUCACUAUGCUUCGGUUAUUACGAACUGUGAGGACAGCAGCUGUUGUGCCACUUUUGGAGAUGGGACAUCGGUCAUUGCAAAGCCACAAGGGACAUACCAGGUGCUACCCCCCAGCACUGGUUGCCUCUCCAUUGAUAAGGAUUGUUCGGCUGUUUAUUCCCAUGAAUCAAGCAGUGACACCCUCUACCAACCUUUUAGCCAGCGUGAGCAGCUGAGAGCCAGCAGGUACAUUAUGAAGCAUACUUCUGACAUAAUCUGUGAAGUUCUAGAUCCUGAAGGGAAUGUUUUUCAGGUCAUGGUUGAUGGCACCAUAUCAACUGUCAUCCCUGAAGCAAGCUUGGAGGAGGAAACCAUAGAGGAGGAAAGUGAGGAUUAUGACAGUUUACUGCCUGAUAAAGUAGAAAAAAAUCCUCUUCAGACUUAUGGAGAACACGUCCCCAGGUUUUUUGUUAUCUAUGCUGAUGGCUCAGGAACUGAACUUCUUCGGAACAGUGACAUAGAAGAGUACCUAUCUUUGGCUUAUGGGGAAUCAACCACUGCGGUUCUACAAGAGCCAGUCCAAGAAUACCCAGGUGCCCUGAGCAUCACCGUUCUUCGUCCUUUCUAUGAAGUGUCUCCAUGGAUUAUGAAGAAAGAAUUAGACACUAUUGUUCCUACCAACCUCCAGUCAAGACCCUGGAAUACUUUCCCCGCAGUUGAGAAGAAAACUCCAGGCCCCCCAUUUGGAACUCACAUUUGGAAGGGUCUAUCCAUAGGGUCCAUGCACUUGGCUUACCUACCUGCACCUAUACGAAAGUGCCCCAAAGUGCUCCAGGUCCGGCAGUUCAUUCAGCAUGAGGUCAUUAAGAAUGAGCUGAAACUGAAGCUGCAGUUUUCCCUUAAGGAUUACAUAAAUCACAUCCUAAAGAAGGAGGAUGAAUUACAGGAAAUGACUGUUAAGGACUCAAGGACAGAGGAGGAGCGAGGCAAUGCUGCAGACCUGCUCAAGCUGGUGAUGUCUUUCCCUAAAAUGGAAAAAACCAAAGAAGAUCACUUUACUGAAGUACACCUGGCAGAAUUGUACAGGCGUGCAUUGGCUAGUCCAGAACUGUCAACCAGAAUAAACUGGGAUAAGUGGAGCCGUCCCAAACCUUCAGAACGCUGGAAGGAAAAACUGGAUCAGAACAGGCAGGAAAUUGAAGAAACCCAACAUUGUCUAGAAGGGAUGAGGGAGCACAUAAUACCACCAUAUUUCCAGUCUGAAUUUGGCAAGAUAUUUAUGACACAGUAUCAUAACCUGGAAACUAUUUCUAAAAAACUUCCACCCUUCCAAAAGAAAUUGGAAGAUGUAAGCAGAAACUCCUCUCAAAGCACAUCAGAUGUUGAUCCAGAGUGUCAAUCAUCUAAAGAACCAACUCAAGAUUCUUCUGAAUUGCUCAGUCUUCUGGUAUCAGAGAGUUCACUGGAAACCAAAGAGUCCAUCAGUUUGUUCCACAGUGAUUACCUCACGAAAUCUGACAUAGUAGACUCUGAAUCAUCAUGGAUGCCCAUGAAGAUUCCAACCCAGUCACUGCUGCAAAAUGCUGCUGGACAACCAAGGAAGGAGAAAGUAAAGCUACCUAACUACUUGAAAAGUUCUAAGCCAAAAAAGUCUCUACCCCUUAAGAAGGUAGAAGACUGUGUCAGAGGGCGAGUAAACACAUGCUCAGUUGCGUCUGCUGUCAUGAACAGUACAAAGCCUCCCCCUUUUGGCUUCCAUCUUCUUCCAUCAGAGGUGAACUUUGGAGUCUUAAAGGAGGGCCAUACCUAUGUGGCCACAGUGAAGCUAAAGAAUGUGGGUGUGGAUUUCUGCAGAUUUCAGGUGAAGCAGCCCCCACCCAGCACUGGACUGAAAGUGACUUACACACCAGGGCCAGUAGCAUCAGGAUUACAGGUGGACCUGCAGGUGGAGAUCUUUGCCAUGGCUGUUGGAGAGAAUGCUAGCAAGGGAUUAGGAACCAUUUCCUACAACAUUGAGAUUGUGACUGAACAUGAGAUUUUACUUCUACCUGUGGAGGCAAUAGUUUUAACAUCUAUGACCUAUGACUCAAGGCCAGAUGAUUUUCCCAUGGGGAAAGAAAAUCCAUCAGUUCGUCGUGUUUCUACAGUCGCCAAAACUCAUAAGCUAUCUUAUGUGAGUAAUAUCUAGGAAAUGUGCCUGUGGGCCCAGGACUAAAUAUAUAUAACCAACUAUUCCAUGCUUUAGUCUUAGACUUAUCAAUCAACUAGUAUUGACUGCCUAUUGUGUAUCGGGAGCAAAAAUACAGUAUAAAGAUUAACUUUGACAACGACAAACUCAAGUCUGUUGCUAUCCUUGCAACCUUCGUAAUCUUGUUCUGUACU